AUGGGACUGCUGACAAUUAUCAAAAAACUGAAGGCUAAGGAGAAGGAGACUCGAAUUCUUAUGCUUGGUCUGGAUAAUGCGGGAAAGACUACCAUUUUAAAACGGAUCAAUGGAGAGGAUAUUUCCACUAUUUCCCCAACACUGGGAUUCAAUAUCAAAACCAUCGAACAUAAGGGAUACAAACUCAAUAUCUGGGAUGUUGGCGGCCAAAAGUCUAUCCGUUCGUAUUGGAGAAAUUAUUUUGAACAGACUGACGGACUGGUGUGGGUUGUUGAUAGUGCCGACCGUCUGGAUCGGCUUGAAGACUGUAAGAAUGAGCUCAAGGAGCUUCUUAAGGAAGAGCGACUUGCCGGCGCAUCCCUUUUAAUCUUUGCGAACAAGCAGGAUCUAUCAACAGCACUGUCAUUUGAGAAGAUUAAAGAGAUGCUGGACUUGGACAAUAUUAAUACCCAUCAUUGGCACAUUGAAGGAUGCAGCGCUGUCACAGGAAACAAUCUUCUUGCUGGGAUUGAUUGGAUUGUAGAUGAUAUUGCAUCGCGUAUUUUUUCUCAAGAUUAG